AUACUUUCUACACUAAUCUUUCACUUCCUUUCAAUCAAAAUUUUCACAGUAAUUCUUGUUACAAAAAACUGAGCUGGAAUGUCGUGGAGAGGGAAGAGAAAGGAAGAGUAUGCGUCUGACGGCAGCGGUGACACCCACGCGCGACCCAAGAAAGCUUCGAAAGCAGACUCUGAUGACGAAUCCGAUGACAUCGUGGUCUGCGAGAUAUCGAAGAACAGGAGAGUUUCAGUGAGGAACUGGCAAGGCAAAAUCUGGAUUGAUAUUCGUGAGUUUUUUGUCAAAGAUGGCAAACAAUUUCCUGGCAAAAAAAGGUAUAUCAUUAAGUGUGGAUCAGUGGAAUAUACUGCGUGAUCAUGUGGAGGCUAUUGACAGAGCGCUUGGUGAAUCUUAGGUGUAUUAGGAGGGGUAUGUUGAUACUUCUAGGUAAUUGUUUGUUUGUUGAUGUGAAUCUUAGGCUUUUCCUUUUUGGUUGUUGGGAAUUAAUGUUGGUGGAUCUUCUAAUACUUGGGGAUUGAUAACCAUGGUUUUGGUUUUGUGCCAUAGAGCCACCCAUUAUUCAUGUGAUACUCUUAACGUUUUGGUGAUGAGUUCUACUUGUUACUGGUUGGAGGUUUAAUAGGGUGCUAUCACUUCCUGAUCUUGAUAACA